AGUGUAGAUCUGCGUAGUGCUGCAUAAUGUCCUCCUCAACAUCUGACAUAUCUAACCCAGAGGAGGGAUCAAGUAGCAACAGCACUGUAGAAGACACAGUAAACAACAUCCAGCCAGAGGAUGGCUGCGACACAAAGGACCCUGAGAAAAAGACCAAGAAGAACGUUAACCGCUGCGCAGUCUGUAACAGGAAGGUUGGUCUCACAGGUUUCCUGUGCCGGUGCGGAGGCCUGUUCUGUGCCGUCCACCGCUACAGCGACAAGCACCAGUGCACGUUCGACUACCGCGAGAUGGGCGCCGAAGAGAUACGCCGAAACAACCCCGUCGUCGUCGGAGAGAAGGUCAAGAAGAUCUGAGCUGCCACCCUGUCUUGGACCCUGGCUAGUUGAGAAAUUAUGUCACUCCUUUCAACUGCUGCAGAUUGCAGCUCAUAACAGCUUCAAAGAAAAAACUGGCUAAGAAAAUCAUAUAACAUUAACUUUCUGAUAAGCAUGCAACAGGCAUUUUAUACAAAACCCUUAAAAUUUUAGUUCAAAUAAAAUUUUUGAAAGACUACCCA